GAUAAUUUUCAGGAAUUGGAGCUUCUCUAAGACAAGAUAUCUGUUGUAAGAACAGAAAGUGGAAGAAAGAACAGGACUGUUUGCAGGUUUGGUUGAAUUCCAAGAUGAAUUUCGGAGAGGAAUUUUCGAUUCCUCAAGGGAACGAAUUUCAGUUUACCGGUUCUUGGAUUCCGGUAACACCACAAAAGCCCAUCGCAACCAUAUCAAAUCCCAUUCCGGUGAACGGGCAAGGGAACCAAUUUGGAAGAGGAAAUUGGCAGGAAUUGGCUGGAUUUUCCACUGGAUAUGUACAAGAUAUCCUGAACUACAAUGGAAUUGGUCAGAAUUUCAAUCCAAUUGAGCAAAUGUGUCAGAGUCGAGUGGAUUAUGUUGGCAGUAUAAAUUCGGCAGAGAACAGAAUGAUCAAUAACAUUGCAGGUCCCUACACACAGGUUCUUCAAAAUGAAAGCACAGGGUGGAACAAUAAUACCUUGGCAAAUCUUCCAGCAACCAGAAAUGCCACUGCUUUUGCCCCUGCAAACGGAACUGCAAGCAUAAGCAGAGAAAAUGCUGUGCCAAUUCCAAUUAUGCACUCUCAAGCAGACAACUGGAGACACUCCAGCUCACAUAAUUCAAUGUGCACCAACCAAACUCAAUCCACAAGUUUGCACUUCUUGAGAAAUAUUGACAGAUUCUACCAAAUGCCUCAGCAUGAUUUUCCUGUACCUUAUAAACCAAUGUACAAUCUGAACUCACCACCAAGGACAGAAGUUGAUGCAGCCUUCCAUAUCACCACCUCGUUCCAAUCCACACCAGCAGCAGAAGAUCAAACCAAGAUAAUGGGGAACAAGCAGCUUUCUACAGUACCAGCCUCUGCAUCAGAUGAAAGCUCAAUUCAUGAAAAGGGGAAGCAGGAAAAUUUAAUUACAUACAAUGCAAAUGAAGUUUCUCAACAUAAUUGUGAACUCUUACAGAACAUUGUUGAUUCAUCAUCUGCUGUCAUUUCCACACCAGUGGAGGAAAAAAGGGACUCUGAAAGGGGAAGUGAGCAAGGCAUAGAUCUGAACAAAACACCCCAGCAAAAACCACCUAAACGAAGAAAACACAGGCCCAAAGUAAUUGUAGAAGGCAAACCCAAAAGGAAUCCAAAGCCGGCUACUACAAAAAACAUUAACUCCAAGGAAAACCCAAGUGGGAAGAGGAAGUAUGUGCGCAGAAAAGGCCUGACAGAAUCAGCAACUGAACAAGCAGAUUCAACGAAGAAGUCUGACCCGACUGCUGCAACUCCAGCAAAGAGGAGGUAUGUUCGCAAGAAAAGCCUGAAAGAAUCAGCAAAUGAACAGAUAGAUUCUAUGAAAGAAUUUGAUCCUAGUGCUGGAACAACUGUAAAAGGAAAGUACACAGAAAAGAAAAACCAGAAAGAAUCAUCGACUGAGAAAGCAGAUUGUACAAGAGGCUCUGAUCCUAGUGCUGGAACAGCUGGAAAACGGAAGUACGUACGCAGAAAUGGCCUGAGAGCAUCAACAGGUCAACAAGUAGAGGAGACAGACCCUAGUGCUGUGCCUGUUGCAAAAUCCUGCAGAAGAGUAUUGAAUUUUGACUUGGAAAACACUGGAAAUGAAAGUCAGGCUGCAAUAUUUAAUCGCCAGGAGAUGCAAGAAGGAAGUAAGUCCUCUGAAUCUCAAGCCGUGGGAUUGUGGAAUACAGAAAAUAGUGGGUUUAAAACAACAUUGACUACACAGAGCAGUCAACAGAUGGUUUUGGAAAACUGCCAACCACAAACUGAAAGUAGCCACACCCCUUCCUUGAGUAAAAUGAUGCUAAUUGACUACAUAUCAAUGCCAGGUAUGCCAGCUGAUACAGCCUCACAAUUUCAAGCAAAGGAUCUGCAAAUGGAAAGUCGAAAUGUCAAUGCAAGGCAUGUAAUCAUGGACAAUGCUGAUUUGAGCCAAAAGAGCUACAGCAAUGGAUACAGUCCCACACAGCAAUAUAUCAAUCCAAAAGGAAUGGACCAAUCUGUUUCACAAAGAACAAGCAAUUGGGAAAAUAUUGAUGGGACCAAUGAACUAAUACUUGAAAGAUGCCCUAAAUCAGUACCAACAGUUUUGUCCAACUCUAGUGAAGGUAUGGGAUCCAAGAGAGAUCACUCUCAGGCUAUUGAGCAGGGACAAUUGUAUACAGCAAGUUCAUUGAGUUCAUUGUUAUUGCAAGGGGUAUUCCAGAUGAAUGAAGGUUACAGAAAUGGCAGCACUAAUGGGGCAGGUUUUCUACAGGCUCUCAAAAGAAAGAAAAUAGAAGAUGAAUCCCAAGCAUACAUUUAUGGGAUGAAGUAUGGGAUGUCAUAUAGUUCAGGACAACUUCAAACAAAAGGCACAAACAGUGAAUUUACAUCACUUAGGGAUUGUGGAACAUCUGACCCUCAAUUUCUUCAAAGUGAUAACAUAGCCAGGAGAAAAAGUGGUGGGGUUAGUGAACUCACCGGGGACACAAAUGUUCACUCUACAGCUGCUGGUCCAACUUCUUCGAAGAAACAUAUUUCGUCCCAACUACAUUCAGGCAUGGAAACAUUAAUAAACACCAAUGGGUUGACUCUAGCCCAUAACUUAGCCACAAUCGAGAACUUCGACAAUCUUCUACCAACUACCCCUAAGAACGCCCCAACUCUGCAAUUAGGGUCAGUCACCAAAGCAUCCCAUACCAAUGUUUCAGAAAAGAAGAAAAGAGAGCCUGAUCUAUCCAGAAGAGCUCCAUCCGGAAGGGGAAAGAAGCUGCAAGAACAGAAAGAACUGUAUGAGUAUCAGCAGUCCUCCAAAGCAGGGCCAUCAGCAAAACAGAUAUACCCCAUCCCCAUUGAGGAGAUAAUAAAUAAAUUCAUGGGUCUCACCCUUGAUGAAAGAAACAACGAAGCCAAAUCAGAAGUGCAGAAUGCACUUGUCAUAUACAAAGGGGCAGGCACAGUUGUCCCAUAUGAGGGGUUUGAGUUUAUCAAGAAACGAAAACCACGACCCAAAGUGGACCUUGAUCCAGAAACAAAUAGGGUAUGGAAUUUGUUGAUGGGGAAGGAGGGAGAAGAUAUUGAAGGCACAGAUAAGGAGAAGGAAAAGUGGUGGGAAGAAGAAAGGAGAGUUUUUCAUGGCAGAGUUGAUUCAUUCAUAGCACGAAUGCAUCUCGUACAAGGAGAUAGGCGCUUCUCGAAAUGGAAGGGAUCGGUGGUGGAUUCCGUAAUAGGAGUCUUCCUAACUCAAAAUGUUUCAGAUCAUCUUUCAAGCUCUGCCUUCAUGUCUCUAGCAGCAAGGUUUCCUUUUAAGUCCUCAUGCAAGAGAGAAUGUGAUGGGGAUGGGGUAAAAAUACUAAUUGAAGAACCAGAAUUCUGUGAACCAAAUCCAAAUGAAACCAUAAAAUGGCAUGAAAAGCUAUUCAGUCAUCCACUUGACAGGCAAAGCCCUAUGACAUCCAUCAUGUCAACAGAUUAUCGAAGGAAUGGUGAGAAUCCUGGUAUAGAAAGAACAAGCUUCACAGAAACACAUAGUCAGAGCUUGGAGGAGGAAGUGCUGUCAUCACAAGGUUCUUUUGAUUCCUCGGUCAUUCAAGCAAACGGAGUAAUCAGAUCCUAUUCAGGCUCCAACUCAGAAACAGAAGAUCCUACUACUUGCUGCAAAUUCAACAACUUUCAUGGUUCAAGUGUUGACCAGAUGGAGAACAGUGCCUCAUUUGAGGAAUUCUGCAAUUCUGUAAAUGGAAGCUCGCCGUUUCAUGAAGGUUUAAAAUACAAACAGUCAGAAGUUACAGAGAAUGCACAGAAGUCAAGAUUGGAAAGAAAAGAAAACCUCAGAGGGCCUUCCUCAUUCAUUCAAGCUAGCCAUUUUAGAAAUCAACAAGUGCAAGUACAAGCAGUUGGGGUGAGUAACCAUCCACUACACAUGACUUUGGAGUUUGAAGCACGGGAAAGAGAAGGCCUUGAACCCUGUGGUGAAGAAUGCAUGUCUUCAUGGGCUUCAACUGCUUCUGGAUUGAACAAGCUAAAACAACUUGGACAAAGUGAAGAUAAAAUCACAGUCCACCAAAAUGAACAAGCUAUAAGUCAAGACAUGGCCACAACAACCUUGAAUACAUUAUCAAGGAAGCACAUAACGCACCAAGAUACAGUCUCUCAGCCAGGAGCUCAUACUAAAAGUAAUCAGCUUUGCAAUAAUCAUCAAGAAAUGAGGAAUAAGGCCUUCCAAUCAGAAAGCGCAUCAGUCACAAUGCCUCUAACCACUGAUGCAGUCAAUAAGAUGCAUAAAAGUACCUUAUUGUACGCUGCAAAUGCCCUUAAACUCACAGAAAGACCUUCUGAUGUUGAGAAAAUGUCUGCAUUGAAUAGGGACAAAGAUAUAGAAAACAGAGAGGUUCAAUCCAACACAAAAGAGCAGAUACAUUCUUCUGAAAAAGAGAAUGGGGCAUAUAGCUUCUUAAAGUCAAAAAGAAGAAAGGCUGAGGGAGAGAAGAAUAAUGCAACUGACUGGGAUGCAUUGAGGAAACUGGUGCAGGCCAAUGGUUGGAAAAAAGAAAGAAGCAAAGAUACCAUGGAUUCCCUGGAUUACAAAGCAAUGAGACAUGCAAAUGUUAAUGAGAUUUCUAAUGCCAUCAAAGAAAGAGGGAUGAACAACAUGUUAGCAGAACGAAUCAAGGAAUUCUUGAACCGACUGGUUAGAGAACAUGAAAGCAUCGAUCUGGAAUGGUUAAGAGAGGUUCCCCCUGAUAAAGCAAAGGAUUAUCUUUUAAGUAUACGGGGAUUGGGGCUGAAAAGCGUGGAGUGUGUGCGUCUUUUAACCCUUCACCAUCUUGCUUUUCCGGUUGACACAAAUGUUGGACGAAUAGCAGUUAGGCUGGGUUGGGUUCCUCUCCAACCACUGCCUGAAUCACUACAGUUGCACCUCCUAGAAUUGUAUCCGGUACUGGAGUCAAUUCAGAAAUAUCUCUGGCCAAGAUUAUGCAAACUCGAUCAACGAACAUUGUAUGAACUACAUUAUCAAAUGAUUACAUUCGGAAAGGUUUUUUGCACAAAGAGUAAACCAAAUUGCAAUGCAUGUCCAAUGAGAGGAGAGUGCAGGCACUUUGCAAGUGCUUUUGCAAGUGCGAGGCUCGCACUACCAGGUCCAGAAGAGAAGAGCAUAACAAGCUCAACUGUUCCCAUGAUGUCUGAGAGAAACCCAGUCCAAGUUCUCAAUCCAAUGCCAUUACCUCCACCAGAGCAUAACCUGCUUCAUGCGGGGCCUAACAAUGGCAGCCAUGAACCUAUCAUUGAAGAACCGACGACACCAGAACCAGAGCACACAGAAGAAUCACAAAGUGACAUCGAAGAUGCAUGCUAUGAAGAUCCUGACGAAAUUCCCACAAUAAAACUCAAUAUUGAAGAGUUCACAGCAAAUCUACAGCAUUACAUGCAGGAAAAGAUGGAACUCCAAGAAAGUGACUUGUCAAAGGCUUUAGUAGCUUUGAAUCCUGAAGCUGCUUCUAUCCCUACUCCCAAAUUGAAGAAUGUGAGCAGGCUACGAACAGAGCACUAUGUAUAUGAACUUCCAGAUGAUCAUCCUCUCUUGGAAGAAAUGGAAAAGCGGGAAGCUGAUGAUCCAAGCCCCUACCUUCUUGCUAUAUGGACACCAGGUGAAACUGCAAAUACAAUUCAACCACCUGAACAAAGUUGUGGGUCCCAAGAACCAGGAAGAUUGUGCAAUGAGAAGACCUGCUUUGCUUGCAAUAGCGUAAGAGAAGCCAAUGCACAAACAGUCCGAGGAACACUCUUGAUACCUUGUAGAACUGCAAUGAGAGGAAGCUUUCCCCUAAAUGGGACAUAUUUUCAAGUUAAUGAGGUCUUUGCAGAUCAUGAAUCAAGCCUCAACCCGAUGGAUGUCCCAAGGGAAUGGCUAUGGAAUUUACCCAGACGAACUGUGUACUUCGGAACAUCUGUAUCAACAAUUUUCAAAGGACUUUCAACCGAGGAAAUUCAGUACUGCUUUUGGAAAGGAUUUGUUUGUGUGAGGGGAUUCGACCAAAAAACAAGAGCACCCCGGCCUCUUAUGGCCAGGUUGCACUUUCCGGCAAGUAAGCUGGCCAAGACACAAAAUAAAAGCAAGAGAUAAACAGGCCAUGAUUAAAAGAUGAUUGUUACCAAAAGGUACCAACCAGAGACUAUCUAUAAAGGAAACGUAAAUUGGCUGACGUAGCAGAGAAGAAAGAUUCCUACUAACACAUUGUUGUACACAAUUGUUCUUUGGCUAACAUGAGAUGCAUUCACCCCAUGUUAGCUCAGCAGGAAGAGAAUUUUUUAGCUGAAUUUUAAAUCCCAUGGGCAGUGGGAUGUAGUCUGUCAAUUGAUCAAACUGUGAUGAUUGUUUCAAUUCAUGCUCUAAAAAGAGCCAUUCUUCAAUAUAUAGCCAGUUCAAAUUCCCCUUCUCA